UCCCUGCUGCACACGUUGGGCAUGGACUUUGAAUGAACAAAGCCUUACUCUAUCUGAACCUGACGACAACAUGUAAAUACGCCACUCUUGUGCGUGUGCGCCUGCACAUAGCUCAUUGUUCAUCGAAUCGGCAUGGAGAAGAUGGAAAGGCAGCGUGAGCAAGACGGUGAAGCAGCCCCCUCAUGGAGUGUCGUUGAAGAUGCAAGCAAUCGUAUAGCACCAGCACCUAAUGUUGGUGACGGUUUCUCUGGUCAAAAGAAUCCCGUGUGGAGGGAGUUUCUACCCUAUGUAGGUCCUGGUUUUCUGGUGUCCCUGGCUUACCUUGAUCCUGGAAACUUGGAAACUGAUCUACAAGCUGGAGCUACCCACAGAUACGAGCUGCUGUGGGUGGUACUUAUCGGGCUAUUUUUUGCUCUCAUAAUUCAGUCAUUGGCUGCAAAUCUCGGCGUAACCACCGGGAAACACCUUUCAGAAUUAUGUAAAGUGGAGUACCCACCACUAGUGAAGUACUGCCUCUGGUUGCUGGCUGAGGUCGCCGUCAUAGCUGCAGAUAUAGCCGAAGUUAUUGGCACAGCCUUUGCGCUCAACAUACUGUUCCACGUCCCACUAUGGGCAGGAGUUCUCUUGACUGGCUUCUCUACUCUCUUGCUUCUCGGUCUCCAGAGAUUUGGGGUCAGGAAGCUGGAAUUGCUGAUAUCAACGCUAGUAUUCACAAUGGCAGGAUGCUUCUUUGCGGAAAUGAGCUAUGUAAAACCACCAGCUUCUGAUGUAUUGAAAGGAAUGUUUGUCCCUAGACUUAAUGGCGAUGGAGCCACCGCUGACGCCAUUGCCCUUUUCGGAGCACUCAUCAUGCCGCACAACCUCUUUCUCCAUUCUGCGCUUGUGCUCUCCAGAAAAGUACCCGGCUCCGUCCGUGGCAUCAAUAAUGCGUGCAGAUACUUUCUAAUAGAAAGUGGGUUCGCUCUGUUUGUAGCAUUUCUAAUAAACGUAGCAGUAGUUUCAGUAUCUGGCGCCGUAUGCUCAGGAAAUAAUCUUUCAGCUCAAGAUGCAGAAAGAUGCAACGAUCUCUCCCUUGAUUCUGCUUCUUUCCUUCUCAAGAAUGUUUUGGGAAGGUCCAGCUCAACAGUUUAUGCCAUAGCACUUCUGGCCUCUGGACAAAGCUCUACCAUCACUGGCACCUAUGCAGGGCAGUAUAUCAUGCAGGGAUUCUUGGAUUUGAGGAUGAAGAAAUGGAUAAGGAAUUUGAUGACUAGGAGUGUUGCCAUAGUACCGAGUCUUGUUGUUGCCGUCAUAGGCGGAUCUUCGGGUGCAAGCCGCCUUAUUAUCAUUUCCUCGAUGAUACUUUCGUUUGAGCUUCCAUUUGCAUUGAUUCCACUGCUCAAGUUUAGCAGCAGCAGUACCAAGAUGGGACCUCACAAGAAUUCUAGAAUUAUCAUUGUGAUUUCAUGGAUCCUAGGCUCGGGAAUCAUUGGGGUCAACGUAUACUACCUCAGCACAGGCUUUGUGGGUUGGUUGAUUCACAGCAGUCUCCCGAAGGUGGCAAAUGUAUUCAUAGGGAUUUUAGUAUUUCCUCUUAUGGCCAUUUAUGUUGUUGCCGUCAUCUACCUCACCUUUAGAAAAGACACCGUCAAGACCUUCAUAGAGACUCGAAACGACAGUGUAGUGCCGACCCAGAUGGAAAAGGGUCUCGUUAAUGCUAAUGACCAAUUGGAAUUGGGUCGAGUUCCUUUUAGACAAGAUUUAAGGGAUAUCCAACUUCCCGCUUAAGGGAUUUUCAAAGAAGCAAGAAUGCAUUGCUUUCCAAAAAGUUGUAGGAUUGUAUGUGUCAGUGUCAUCAUAGUUAGAUGCAGCUUUCACUUUGUUAAUGCUUAUGUGAUUAGGGAUGUCCAAUCCAAAUAAUUAAAGAGAAGAGUCAAAAUUAUUUUUGGCAUGUUGUAUACGAUGAAUACAAUGAUUUGUCUUA